AUGGGCGCGAGCGCGCGGGAUGGGGACGAUGCGGGCGAUGGAGUUCGGGACGACGGGGACGACGCGAACGACGCGAACGACGAAGAAGAAGAAGAAGAAGACUUCGUCGGUGCGUGUCGGGUCUGUUUGUUCGACGUCACGCGCGAAGAUAUACGCGAUGCGCGCGCGGUACGACUGGGGUGCGCGUGCGUUUCGGGAGUCGUGCACGUCGACGCCGAGUGUCUAGAGGCGUGGGUGCUGCGCGCGCCGCGCAAGUCGGCCGACUGCGAAAUUUGUCUCGAGCGAAUGACGAACGUGCCGACGCGCGCCGAGCUGCGAAAGGAGCGACGAUUACGUCGCGAGAAGUAUCGCGCUCGAACCGUGUCGUCGUCGUCGAGCGCGAGCGCGAGGGACGACGACGCGCGAGACGACGACGCGCGCGCGCGCGACUUGGAAAUCGGCGCCGAGCGAAUCGGCGACGUCUCGCGCGGCGAGCGGUGCUGCCUGUACGCGUGCGCUCCGUUGGCGUGCGCGUACGCCAUCGUUCACGCCUUUUGCGCGCACAGGUCGUGUGUGUUCGCCUUCAUUUUGCUCGCCAUCGGUGUUGCCGUGCUCACUCGCGUCUCGAUAUUGCUCUGA